UGGUAAUUGCGUUGCGGACCCAGUGGUAGUCAAUUACAACUUAAAAAACUUUCUCCCUCUCCCUGAAGCUUUCUGCAACCUUCACAAAAACCCUAACACAGUUCUCCCCACGCACAAAUCACACAUUCUGAGCAGCGACGUUUGGAAUUGCUGUCUUCUGAUAUCCAAUCAGGCUAUGGCGGAUGUUACUGAUGAUUCGCGGGACAUCGAGAAGCUGUACGAGCACGGAGAAAAGCUCAACGAAGCCACAGAUAAAUCUCAGAAUCGGAAGGAUUACGAGGGGAUAAUAGCUGCAGCAAAUGGCAGCGUGAAGGCAAAGCAAUUGGCGGCGCAGAUGAUACCGAGGUUUUUCAAGUAUUUCCCCGAGCUUUCUGAGCAAGCUUUGGAUCAGCAUUUGGAUUUAUGCGUGGAUGAGGAGCUUGGUGUCCGUGUACAAGCUAUUCGCGGGCUUCCUCUGUUCUGCAGAGAUACACCUGAAAAUCUGGCAAAAAUAGUUGACAUCCUUGGUCAACUCCUCGUUGCUGGUGACAAUGUGGAGCGUGAUGCUGUGCAUAAAGCCCUUAUGACGCUAUUGCGGCAGGAUGUCAAGAGUAUGUACCUUAAGUCAUUGUCUGCAUGUGUUGCAGCUUCAUUAACAGCUUUGUUUAAGCACAUUGGCAGCACUGAUGAUCGAAAUGCAGAGGAUCUCAGUGCUUGGGAGGGCAUUCGGGAAAAAGUUCUAUGCUUUAUUAGGGACAAGGUGUUUCCUCUUAAAGCUGAGUUGUUGAAGCCGAAAGAUGAAAUGGAGAGACACAUCACUAAUUUGGUGAAACAGAAUUUGCAAGAUGUGACAGCAGCAGAGUUUAAAUUGUUCAUGGACUUCUUGAAAAGCUUGAGCUUAUUUGGGCAGAAUGCUCCUGUGGAACGAGUUCAAGAACUUGUUGAGAUUAUUGAAGGCCAGGCUGAUCUUGAUGCUCAAUUUGAUGUUUCAGAUGGUGAUCACAUUGCUCGAUUUAUAUCCUGCCUACAAAUGGCGCUUCCCCUUUUCAUGAGGGGUGCAUCAUGCAGCAAGUUCUUCAGUUAUCUGACGAAGCAAAUUAUCCAUGUUUUUGAUAAGCUACCGGAAGAACGAAAACUGGACUUGCUCAAGAACCUUGCCGAAUGUUCACCAUAUGCUAAACCACAAGAUUCAAGACAACUUCUUCCAUCAGUUGUUCAACUUUCAAAGAAAUACAUGGUCCGGAGAAAAAUUGAAGAGAUAAAUUUUACAUGUAUUGAGUGUUUGCUUUAUGCUUUUCACCAUUUAGCUCACAAGACUCCGAAUGCCACUAAUAGCCUUUGUGGCUACAAGAUCGUCACUGGGCAACCUUCAGACAGACUUGGGGAAGAUUUUUCAGAACAAUAUAAAGAUUUUACAGAGAGAUUGAGCACCAUCGAGGAAUUAGCAAAGACAAUGAAUAAGAAAUUGACCCAGGGGAUGACCGAGCACAAUAAAGCAAUGACAGCUGCAAAGACAGAUGAGGAUAAAGAAACUAUUAAGCAGCAGAAGCAGAAGGCUACAGCUAGUCUUCGGAGCUGCAACAAUAUACUUGCAAUGACCCCGCCUUUGCAUUCGAAAGCGCCUUCAUUUAUCGGGGACCAGAAAAAGAUCAACUUAUCUUGGAAAGAAGUUCCUAAACCGGCAUCAACAUCUGGUGCUGCUACUGCCACAGGUAAAAAACGAAGUGCAAAUGCUGCUAAUGGGUCUGGGACAAAUGUAGCAAAGAAGGGUCGAGGAGCAGGUGGUUCACAAAAUCAACUCGUUAACCGAGCUUUUGAAGGAUUAAACGAUAUUAGAGGUGGCAUUGGAAGAGGCUGGAGGGGCCGUGGUCGAGGCAGGGGAAGGGGGGGCUAUCGUUAGAAGAGGUGCAAGAAAAAUGUGUUCAACUUUGUUGUAUAAUGUAGACAUUUUUUUUUUUUUUUU